AUGCAGCAGCCUCCUGGGGGAGGCGGGGCGGGCGGGGCGUCCCAGGGCGGGGCGUCGGGGCAGUACGGACCGGGCGGGGCGCCGGGACAAUACGGCCAGGGCGGCGGGGCGCCGCAGUAUGGGUACGGGGCGCCCGCGGGGGCUUACGGACAACCGCAGGGAUAUGGCUACGGCAUGCCGCCGAUGCAGGUGGGCCAGUACGGCCCGCCGAUGGGCUACGGCUACGCGCCCAUGGGCUACCCGCCGCCGAUGUACGGCAUGCAGCCCGCCUGGCCGCGGCCCAACAACCGCUUCAGCGGGCCCUCGACGAACCAGCAGUUCGGCAUGCCGACGGGCGUCAACCCCAUGCAGGGCGGCGCCGGCGGCAACACGAGCCUCAUGCCCGGCGACUGGAUCUGCGACGUGUGCGAGAACAACAACUUUGCCAGAAGGCGCGAGUGCCGGCGGUGCGGCACGCCGCGGUCGACGACGUCGACGACGAUCGACGAGCGGAGCCAGGGCCAGUGGGUGCCGCGCGGCCGUCAAAGUGCGGGCGCGGCGCCGGCGCUGACGCCCCUGGCGCUGCCGCCGGGCGCCGCGGCGCCGCCGGGCGGGAACCUCGUGAUCUCCGCGGCGCCGUCCGGACCUGUUGCUGGAGGCGCCGCGGCGUACGUGCCCGGCGACUGGCUCUGCGCGAGCUGCGGCAACCACAACUUCCAGUGGCGCACGGAGUGCAAGCGCUGCAACGCGCCGCGGACGGCCGACGCCCAGACGAUCGGCAAGGACUCGACGAUCAGCGCGCCGGCGCCCGCGCCGUCCGCGCCGACGUUCGUGCCCGCGGCGGCUCCGGCGCCCGCGGCGCCGGCGCCGGCCGCCGCGCCCGCGCCGGCGGCCGAGGCCCCGUCCACGAAGGAGGCCCUCCUCGCGGCGCUCGCGGCGAAGAAGCCGGCGCCGCUGGACAGCCUCCAGUCGCUGCCCCCGCCGCCCGGCAAGGAGCCCUCGCUGCUCACGCCGGCCAAGGUCAAGGCCGCGUCCAACGACGACUCGAGCAGCCGCUCGCCGUCGCGCUCUCGUUCUCGUUCGCGGUCGCGGUCGCGCAGCCGCGAGCGCAAGUGAGCUCACUUCUACUAACUAUGCUCUUCUUUUCCAA